AGAAUUGUUAUGCGAAAAUUGCAAAACGUCAGUUUGGUGAAAGUUAUUGCGUUCAAGUUACGCACCGAUUAAUAAAUAUCUGUGCGAUUCUAUCACAGUUCUUCGUUUAAAUAAUUGUUUAAGAGAGAGAUAGAGAUAGAUUUUGAAUUUGGCGCGUCCGGUUGGUUGGUUUUGUUAUGGUCAAUGGUGCCAACGGGGAGAAAUGUGGCGCGAGGAACGGCGACGUCGAAGUGCGUGCUUUUUGGUUGAAAACAAUCGCGGCGCGAGGGUACGUCGGAGGUUUGCCGAUGCGAGAGCGUGUGGCAACAGUGCGGACGACGACGAGUGGACGAGAGUGUGUGUGUGUCGGAGGAAGAGAGGAGAGAGACGCCAUAAGUAUAAGCGGCCGAAUUGAAGAACAGCACCAAACAGAAGCAAGCGGCGAAGAAAAGCAACAAAAAAAAGCAUAGAGAAACGCGAGUUUUGCGUUUUGUUUCCGAGUGACUCGCGGUGUUCGGUGUGAUAUGAUAAGUGCAGUUUAUGGUUGUUACUUCGGAGCGGAUUAUCGUUGUAUUUCUGCCGCCCCUUUUGAUCUCUCAACAGCACCGCCGCCGCCGCAGCAGCAGCAGCAUCAUCAUUCGAAGCCGUGGACGACGUCCUCGAAGACUCUCGCAGUGUACAGUAGUAGCAGCAGCAGCAGUUGCAUCAGAAGCACGCAACCACCAAAAGGAUGCCGAAAGUUUUAAUGCGGUGGUGAGAUGAGCUCCGCAUUGAAGCCACUGACCACGACGACGACAGCAGCAUCGGGUCAGGUAAUUCCCGCGCAGACAGCAGUCAGCAAACAGAUGCAUCCGCAGACAGGCCCUGGGCCUUACAGCCAGCAGAUUCCACAGAAUCUGGUCAACAUGAACCCCAGUCAGGCGCACAACCUUUCCUCCCACAAUCCGAAUCCCCAUCAGAACCAUUACUCCCUGAACAUACCCAGCUCAUACCAGCAGGCGCCUCAGGCAUCCAGCCACCCGGUGGCCAAUCAGUCCCACAUGACUGCAGUCUCCUACAGUCCACCCAAGAGUCAGGUGUACAACCAAUCAUAUCAGAUGCAGCACUCUGCCAACAUCCCAGCCUCUCAGAGUCUGCCUGCCACUCAAACCCCAGAGGAUGGUAAAUCCCAUCAAACCAAUGGCAGCGCAGACUUUAAGCCCAAACCCAGCUACAUGUUGGUGGGCGCCAAUCAGGAUAACAAGAAGGAUGAUGGCAAGGUGAAAGUGUCCCCAGAGAAGCAGCCUCCAGUGGAAGGUGCCAAACAGGAAGCAAUAAAACAAACCAUUGAGCCAGCUGAAGUCCCGCAGAACGUUUCUGCCACUCCCAUGCAAAGCAUUGCUAUUGCAACAAAUUCUCCCUGUGCACCUACGAGCACGACGUCUAACGAUUCUUCGACAAACGUUGCCCAAGCGGCGACAGCUUCAAGUACAAACACUGUGUCCCAAACGCCAGGUCCCACCAUAGUGCCUCCAGUUUCGUCCGUCGAUUUGACGAAAAGCGAAUCACCAUCACCACCACCACCACAACAACAACAACAACCGCCGCCGCCGCCAACAGCAAUAGCUGUCGCAGCAGUGGCAACAGCAUCUGCACCAAUACCUCAACAGCAAGAGCAGCAGCCGGCGGCAGUGGUGGCUGCGGAAGCGACGAUGGUCGUCGUCGACGUUGCAAAGACGGAUAGUUCAGCGAGCAACUCGCCCACCAGCACCGCAACGUCUUCCGGCUCAAACACACCGCCUGCCUCAACGAAACUCUCUGGUACAAGCACACCGCUAUCUGCCUCAAAAUCAGAAGAUGCAACACCUCCACCAGCACAGCAAAAACAAGUUGAUGAUGAGCAGCAACAGCAGCAGCCAUCGAUAACGGAGAAGAAGCCGGCGGUAGCGCAGGAGGCGCAGAGCACAACGGCCGACGUGCCCGAGGUUGUGCCCACAAAACCGCAGAAGGAACCGACCAUCGCCACGUCGUCCCCAACAAAACCGACGCCGUCUCCGAUGAAAUUGGCUACGACGCCGAGGACGCCAGCUCGAAAGACCAAAUUGGCUAAGCAGCAGCAGCAGCAGGAAGAGUCUCCGAAGAGCUCGAAGACGUCAACAUCGACUUCGUCUGCAAGCAACAAAUCGCCGGGCGGCAAGGCGAAACGGAUUCGUACCAGGACGCAGCCAUACCAGAGUCCGUUGCCCGAGCUCGAGAUCAUUUCCAAAAUGACCAACAACUCGACACCCAAAUCGAAGAACAUAGACGAGAAGCUAAUCAUCUUCUACAAAUAUGAAUUCUUGGCUGUGAGGAACCUUGAGGGAAGCUUCUACAUUUGUCAGGCUGUGCAAAACGUUUAUAAAAGUUCGCCGAAAAUCCGGAUCCGCUGGUUGUCGCAGGAGAAGGGCGAGAAAUCUGGCGAGAUCUACAUACCUGACUUUUACGAUACGACAGAUUUUGACUGUAUAUUGACCAAUUUGAACUUGGAAAGAGUGGAUAAGAGCAAAUUUCGGCUGCCGCCUAAGGAGAAGGACCGCACCGACAACAUCUUGAAGAGGGCGAUCGCCGUUGAAAAGGGCGAAGCCACAAGUCUCGACGAUUCCCUCACAGAGGACAAUCCCGAUGGCCUGGAUGUGUCUCUGUACAAAGAUGAGGAGCAACUGAAGAAGAGGCGCGGCACGAAACGCAAAUCGAACACGAAGCUGGAUGCGACGCCCACCAGGUCGUCCUCAUCGAAAUCUUCGCCAGAUGGCAGCAAACUGCGCAAGUUUUCGACGAGGACGAGCUCGUCGUCUGCUUCGAAGAGUAGAACAAAUUUGCGAACUCCACCCACCAAGCGAACAACGUCCGAGAAGAAGGUGACGACGCCUUCGAGCGCCGGACGAGCGGAGCGCGCCAAAAGGAGGAGCGGUCAGGACUCUUCGACCUCCUCGACCAAGACAAGUCCCGUCGUGGAUCACAAGAAGGCCAAGGUUUUGGCGAAGGUUGUCAAGAGGACGGCCGUCCUUCCUUCACCGAAACCCGCGACCACACCUAAAACUACCGCCGUCGUGACAAAGUCUGUGAAACAACAGCAGCAGCAGCCAGCGGCGGUCGCGUCUACGUCAAAGGCCAAACAACCCCCCACGAAGGUGGUGACUCCGCCCACGCGCAGGACCAAACGAACAAGAAAAUAGAAACGUCCCCCCCUUUGACGUCGUCGUCGCCGCCGCCUCCCACACGAUUGAUGUCGAGAUGACGAUGACGACAACCGGAAGUGUCCCGUAUGUCCGUCCGUUGCUUCGCCAAAGACGACGACGACUACGCACGAAGACCGAUGAACGGACGACGCAUGUAAUAUAUAUUGACUAUAUAUGUAUAUAUAUAUAUAUUUGCGGUGAAUUUACGGCAUAAUUUCUUUUCGCGCGUGGUUGGUUUCUCCAAAUUUUACAUAUUUUCACACCUUGCAUUUCUUUCUUUCGUCUCUCCCGUUUGUUUAUCUCAAACUACCACCACCACCCACCCACCUGCCCUCCUUUAUUUCGACCACAAAAGUAAAAGAAAAAAAAAUUCGUUUGCGUCUCCUGCGAAUUAUGUAAAUACAACAAGUUUCAAUAUUAUAGAUUCAGAUAAAGAGACGACGUUGAUUUAAAUGAUGGUUGGUUGGUUGGUUGGAAGAGUGAGAGAGAGAGAAGGGAGCGAAACAACAAAUGAUGGAAGAAAGAAAUGAAUGUCGGCGCGGACGGGACGGGGCUCGCGAUUUGUUAUUAAUGUUUUCCCCUUUAAUUUCUUUGAAUCAAAUGAAUCACACACUCAAAAAAAAGAGAUGAAACGCGUACAAAACAAAAAUGAAACAAAGUUUAUUCAAUAUAUUAUAUAUAUACAUACAUACAAACGCGAAGAGUAUGAUGUAGAGGAGGACGAGGGGGAGAAGACGGUUUAGUUAGAUAGAUAUUUCAAAAUAUUCAAGUUUUAAAAUAUUUUGAAUUGGAUUAUUAUUUGUUUUUUAUUUCUUUUCUAAUUACAUUUUUUUUAUUUUAAGUAUAUAUAUAUAUGUAUAUUGACGUAGCAGGCCGUGCCUCGUCCGCUCACCACACUCGCUCACACUCCAGCCCUCUUCUCUGCUCACAGCAAAGGUCUCAUCUCUCUCUCUCUCUCUUCCAACCAUAUCAACAUCAAGAGUGCCAUUCAUAUUCUAACGCACAAUAUGCACCCUUCUCACACACACACACACACACAUAUAUAUGUAUGUAUGUAAUAUGUAUAAUUUGAAAAAGAACCUCUCAAACUCUUCGCACAUUACAUCUAACGAAGCUGAUCCUUCUUAAGUUAUGACUUGUUCAUUUUGAAAUUUGUGAAUCAAGUGUGAGAGUGUUUAAUAAAGGUUUUUUUGUUUUGUGUAAGA